AUGGAGGGGACUGCUGAUAUCUUGGGGCUUGGAAUGGGGAAUAUCAACGAUUUUGGGUUCAUAGAUUUCAUGGAUGUAACCAAUUUUGAGCAGUUCAUUGAGCUCGUUAGAGGUGAAACUGCAGAACCAGCUGUUGAAUUCUGUGCAGACUUUGAUUGUGACCACAUUGCUGGUUGCAUUGGUGGAGAAAGCCAAUUUGUGCAACCCCCGGAAGAUCAACUCUUUGAUUUCAACAUAACAAGCUUGUCUGAGUUUAAUUUAGUACCUGAACAGACUAAAGUAGCAGAGGAGGAAAAUGAUGGGGAGGAGGAAUCUUCAGCUACAGCAACUACUCCAACUAACGGGAGUAAGAAGACUGAUCGAUCAAGAACUUUGGUUUCAGAGAGGAAAAGGAGAGGCCGGAUGAAGGAAAAACUCUAUGCAUUGCGUUCCGUGGUGCCUAAUAUCACCAAGAUGGAUAAGGCCUCUAUCAUUGGGGAUGCUGUGCUGUAUGUGCAAGAACUGCAAAUGCAGGCAAAGAAGCUAAAGGCUGAGAUAGCUGGUCUUGAGUCAUCUCUCAGCCAGCCUAAUAAUUAUCCAGGGGAAUCCUUCCUAAAUGCCAAGAAACCAAACUUCACCAUCAACCUUCCACUAAUCAAGAAGAUUUUUCAGAUGGAAGUUUUUCCAGUGGAGGAAAGAGAAUUUUACGUAAGAAUGGUAUGCAACAAAGGGCAGGGCAUAGCAACAUUACUUUACAAAGCACUUGAGUCCCUAGCUGGCUUUAUAGUUCACAGCUCCAACUUGGCAGCAGCUGCUGAAACUUACAUCUUCACAUUCACUUUGAACGUUAACGAAUUUGAGGUGGAGAUACACUUGCCAAACUUGAAGCUAUGGAUUGCUAGCGCUUUUCUUAACCAAGGAUUCGAUUUUGUUACAUUGCCAUCAUCUUAG